UUUUGCUUCCGUGUGGGAACAACGCUCUUGUGCCUUCCUUGGUUAGGAUUUACAUGUUGACAUUUCUGUGUGAAAUGGGGAAAAAUACUGAACCGUCGGUAGCUAUAUAGUUGGUAGACUUGCCGCUAGCUUACUGUGAACGUGUCUAUGUAGUGUGUUUGAUGGCAUGCUUUUAUGAUUUAGUAAGUAGCUAGGUAGCUAGCUAGCUAACAAAAUGUUAACCAGGCUUGGAGUUGUGGGUUAUAUGAACAUUGUCAAAACACUUUGCACAAAUAGUACAAAUAGGUACCUUCAAGGCUUUGCCUCGGAUAAUGAUAUAAAGAACUUUAUUAUAGAAAACACUGAGAUAGUAAGAAAGCAUAACUUGACCCCAGAAAUCCAUUUGAGACUGUUCACCCCAAAUUGUCGGUUUUGGCAUGCAAGACCAGAACUGUGGCCUUUCUCCGACCCAUUCUGGGCAAUAUACUGGCCAGGGGGACAAGCACUCGCCAGGUAUCUAUUAAGUAACCCUGGAGUGUCGCAGGGCAAGAGAGUGUUAGAUCUGGGGUGCGGCUGUGGAGCCUCUGCUAUAGCUGCCAAGUUCUGCGGUGCUUCUCAUGUAGUAGCCAAUGACAUCGAUCCUGUUGCAGCCAUAGCGACCCAGCUGAACUGUGAGCUGAAUGGCCUGAACCCCCUCCCUUGUGAUACGGAGAAUGUGAUUAGUUCAGAGCCCGAGGAAUAUGACCUCAUCCUCCUGGGAGACAUGUUCUAUGAGGAGGCGUUGGCGGACAGCCUUCACAGCUGGUUAAACUGCUGCAUCCAGACCCACGGGACACAGGUCCUGAUAGGAGACCCGGGGAGGGCCCAGUUUGAAGGACACGGCAUCAGGAGGCUCCUGCGUCAGGAGGCUCAGUUUGAACUGCCUAAAGCUGUCAGAGAGGAGAACUAUGGACUGACCUGCAGCACUGUGUGGCGCUACCUGCCUGAACUCUGACAGACAUCUUUCACAAACCCAUAUUUGUAUGUGCUUUAGAGCACUCCUUUAACUGUUGUUGUUCGUGACACUUGACAUAUGAUUGUCGAAUUGAUAUCAGCAAGUGCCUGGCAUUGACUCAAAACUUGUCAAUCUUCUUUGCCAUGAAGUCAAAUGUACUGUCGUUAAACAACCACCUCUUUUGACAUCUCAAACCUAACCGUUUCUCUUUUAUACAAAACCCAGCAAUAAUGCCACAGUAGUAUGGGGUGUUGUCUCAACAACAAAGUUGUACACAGAUCUAUGAAUUGAAAAUGACAAGUAACACAUGUAAUACAGUACAUAUUUCAAAUGCAAUCAAUCACAUCUGUGUAAACUAUAAAGCAUGUAAACUUACACUGCAGUCAGACUGCAAUCCAAUGACCUAACAGUAGGGGGCAUCCACACUCCUUACUCUCAUUCAUGACAUGUCCUGAUUUAGCCACUACCUCCUGACCCUGAGUUGGCUCUAGAAAAAUUAUACUCCAUAUUUAUUCCUCUGGCAGAUAAACACGCCCUUUUUAAAUAAUUCAGAGUCAAAUAUAGAUUAAACCCUUGGUUUUCUUUGGAAUUAUUUGAGCUCAUUCAGAUGAGAAAUCAGGCUUGGGCCAAAGAAAGGAAAACUGACUCUGUAGUGGACUGGCAAUCCUUCAGACAAUUUAGAAACAGAUGUACUAUCUCGAUUAAGAAAGCUAAAUCAAGCUACUUUUUAAGCUCUGAUUUUGGAAAACAGUAAAUGAACUGAAGCGUACAAAUUCCUCUUCAUCCUGUCUUAUCAAGUUCUGCCUGACUCUGGCAUCAUAACUGAGAAGAACUGGAUAAGUGAUGCUUUUAAUCAUCAUUUUAUCUCGGCAGGCUUUGUAUUUGAGAGAAACGGUGGUGUAGUUGACCCUGGUCAGUCAAUCAUCUGCUCUUCCCUCUGCCAGACUCUCGCUGACUCGACAGUUAAUCUGUCAACUUCUAGGGAAUCUUUGUUUUCAUUUCAACAAUUUACUAUCUGUUAUGUGCUAGAUGCCUUGUUUAAGAUUGAUGUUAAAAAAAAUCCUCUGGCGCUGA